AUGGUACUCGAAACAAGAGGUUUCAAAGUCUUUCCAUUGCUGUCAUGUGAAACUGGGGAGGACGUGGCCAGAGCUCUCAGCUCCCAGCCAUCCUCCCCAUCACCUCAUAUUUUAAAAGCACAGGGAAGCAACAAUUCUUGUUGUAACGUGAUUUCGCUAAAGACUGAUAAUAAGAAACAACAGGGGUGGGACCGAUCACUGGAACCGACCAAAGAGGGCAAAGGAGGCAGCAGCGAGCGUCAGGUUGCCGUAACUUCCGGCGUCGCGCCUUUGUCAACUUGUACUGGUAGUAGAGAGAAUGUACAAUCGCAAACGAGCGUCGAAAAACCAAAACAACAGCAACAGCAGCAGAAGCUCUCGCCGUCCCACACGUCAGUCGAUCUUCACCGGAAACUCAGUUCGAUCGAGUUCAUCGACGAUGAUAUCGACCAGGCGACGUCACCUCACGAUGUGACGACGUCCGCCAUUAUCGACGACGGAAGACGUCACGUGAAAGGCUAUCUGACCACUGACGACCCCGGAAGUAGCAGUCGUUGCUCGUCGUCUGGCGUCCCUUCCCGUUUAUCGUCAUCGACGCUGGGCAUUAACAACAACAACAAGUACACGAAUAUUAACAAGAAUAAUAAUCGUAAUAGUAGUAAUGGAUCGACGAAUAAUAGUGAUGGUAGUUGUGGUAAUGGAGAAGCGAAAGCCAAAGCGCCGAAAAUUACGGUCUCGAAACGAAAGAGUCGAAAAGAAAGGAAACGUGGGAGUGUCCUGUCUGUCGUCGAUUCGGCGAGCGGAAACGACAUGAACGACGACGAGAGGAAGUCAAGGUCGAGGAAAAAGGACGUCUCGACGCCUACGACGUCCGUCAAGACGAAAAUCGUCGACACUGAGACCACCAAAAUGGUCACCACGACCACGCAAGUCAACAGGUACACGUGGACCCCAAUUUCGGACAACGAAAGCACUAAAGAGGAUAAUAUGGACAAAAAACCAGAAAAGAAAUCGCGUACGAAAAGCUGUUCGUCGUUACUUGACGAGAAACUGGAUAUAAUCGAAAAACUCGCCGUCUUCAGAAAGAGUUUCGACAACGUGCAGUUUUUCCGGGACGAGGGUCUUUUCUGUAACUCUACUGGGGGCGGCGGCUCAUCCAAGAACUCCCCAACAGACGAUGCUAGCCCCAAACCUCUCGAUUCUUAUUCGAAAGAUGACUUGAAACCUGUAGCAACCAAUUUUGUCGAAAACGUAGUCGGAACAGCUACCAAAAUUGUUGAAACUGUUGCAGGACAACAAAAUGACCCAAUAAUAAGACGAAAAAAUAUUGCGAAAGCGGUCAAGAGUGAAACACGUAAAAGGAUAAUAGGAAGCGAAUCAUCACAGUCGCCGAGAGUCAAAUGCGAAAUGGGAAACGUCAGCCUACCUACCAUUCUGGUACCAGAACUGUCUAGGACACCAUCUUCUGACCUUUUGACUGCGAAAAAUUUUAUCGAAGAGUACGAAGAGUAUCACGCAAGCUGCUCAGAAAUCGCCGACUCCGAAGCCGUCGCCGACUCUGAGGCCGCUGCUGAUGAAAUCUUGGCAGAGAUUGCUGAUAAUGUCGACAAAAUUGUCGCUGACAAACAUAGGACUAAGAAGAAGAAAGACAAAUGUGUAAAACACGGCGGUGUGACUCACUGCAUCCCUAUAGAGACUGAUUCGAACGUGGACGAUGACUCGGACUAUCUGCCUAGCGAAUUACAACUGGUUCCUUACGACUCAAAGUACAAUCUACCUAAGAAUCUGUUUAAAAUCAAUUCCAAUGAAAUGGUCGAAAUAACCGACCAGAAUAUCGACAUCUUGCAUCAGAACGUCGAAAUUGCCGAAAGCAAUCCGGACAUCAUAUCGCAGUCGCAGAUAAUAGUCCUCCCUCCUUCAGAAUCUAAAGGACUUGCCGCUGAAGACGACGAAGAUGUGUACAAACCAAUCGCUGUCAGUCCGUGUGGACGCUUCUUUAAGUAUGAGGAAGAGAUCGGCAGGGGCUCUUUUAAGACCGUUUACCGCGGUUUGGAUACUCAAACAGGCGUUGCUGUUGCCUGGUGCGAAUUACAAGAGAAGAAACUGAACAAAGUCGAAAGGGCACGCUUCAGAGAAGAAGCCGAAAUGCUCAAAAAACUCCAACAUCCUAACAUCGUCCGUUUCUACAACUAUUGGGAGUCCAUCCUCAAUAAAAAGAAGAGCAUCGUCCUAGUAACGGAACUGAUGCUAAGUGGUACCCUAAAGACGUACUUGAGACGAUUUAAAAAAAUUAAUCCUAAGGUGCUAAAGUCUUGGUGUCGGCAGAUACUAAAAGGAUUGGCGUUCCUCCACUCGAGGUCGCCCCCCAUUAUACAUCGCGAUCUUAAAUGUGAUAACAUUUUCAUCACUGGCACGACAGGGUCCGUUAAGAUAGGGGACUUGGGAUUGGCCACACUGAAGAACAGGAGCUUCGCUAAAUCUGUUAUAGGUACCCCCGAAUUCAUGGCCCCCGAAAUGUACGAAGAACAUUACGACGAAGGCGUGGACGUUUACGCCUUUGGCAUGUGCAUGCUGGAGAUGGCUACCAAUGAGUAUCCUUAUUCUGAGUGCACAGGACCUGCUCAGAUUUAUAAAAAAGUCAUAUCGGGUGUGAAACCUGCCAGUUUCGACAAGGUCGAGAACCCGGAAGUACGUGAUGUGAUAGAGAGUUGCAUUCGACCCAGCAAGGAGGACAGACCGAGCGUUAAAGAGCUCCUCACGCAUACUUUCUUCGAGGAAGACGUAGGACUAAAGGUGGAGGUCGUCUCACAAGACGGAAACAAAGUCGUGUUCCGCUUGCGAGUCAUGGAUCCCAAGAAACGAACACACAAACACAAGGAGAACGAGGCAAUACAAUUCGAAUUUGAUAUGCAAACCGAUCGAUAUGAUACGAUUUCAGAAGAAAUGGCAAAGUCAGGCAUAAUCUUCGAAGACGAUGCGAAGACCGUAGCUCGUUUGCUGAAGACUCAGAUCACGCAAAUAGAGAAAGAACGUAAAGAACAAGAGAAGCAACAGGAAGCGCUUCUACAACAACUGCAGUAUCAGCAGUUCCUGCAGCAACAAGUUGAACAGGCGCAGAAACAAGCUCUCCAACAGUCCCUAAUGCAACAGCAGCAGCAGCAGCAGCAACAGCAGCAGCAGCAACAACAACAACAACAACAGCAGCAGCAGCAGCAGCAGCAACAACAACCCCAGCAGCAGCAACAGCAGCAACAACCCCAGCAGCAGCAGCAACAACAACAACAACAACCACCACCCCCACAGCAACAGGACCUUGUACAACAAGACGCAGGACAACAGACGUUGCAGCAAAGUUAUCAGUCCCAACAACAACAACAACAGCAGCCGCAGCAACAGUCAAAUGUCCCCCCUCAAUAUAUUCGACAACAGAGUGCACCUGGCGAACAACAGCAGCCUCAACAACUCCCACAGCAGACUACACAACAGCCCGUUUAUCAGCAGCAACUCUCUUUACAAGUUACUGGGAGUCAACCAAACGUCGGUCAACCUAAUGAUCAGGCCCUUUAUCAGCGACAGAUCUCAGCAGAUGCGGCCCUACAGCAGCAACAGAUCAUCUACAAACAGCAGCCGCAGCAACAGUAUGUCCAGCAGGGCUUCCUUAGCGGCGACAGCCAGCCCCAAAAGGCGGAGUUCUCCUCGCAGCAGUUGCAGCAACAAUUUAUGCAACAACAGGGACAGCAGCAGCAAUCUACGCCACAAACUGAUUUCCAACAACAACAACAACAACAAGGCCAAGUUCCCCCUGAAUAUUUACAAGUGCAAGAUCAGCAUAGGUUGUCGACCAUUUCGCAACCGGAACUGAUACAAAAUUGUUCGCCUAAACAAGAACAUCGCCUGAGUGUCGAUAGUCAGCUCGAUCAACAAAAAAGAAACAUGCUGCAAGCUCAGCAUAUGGCAUCCAUGAGUUCGCAACCCACUAUCCAGGAACAACAGAAUGUCGUACAACAACAACACACUACAUCGCUUCAAAAUCUCGUCCAGGACCAGAACGUUGUAAUGCAACAGGUUUCGCAGUCGACUGCCCUCUUCAACCAAAAUGGUUCGAGCCAACCGAACCUCAAUCAAGAACAGCAGAUGCAACAACAACCUCACAUUAUUCCGCAACAACAACAGAUGCCAUCUAUUGCUACUCAGCAAACGACCCAACAACAACAACAACAGUGUCCGAUGAUGCAAUCUCAACAACCGAAUCAAAUGAUAUCUCAGCCGCAACAACAUAUUAUAUCCCAACAACAGCCUCAAAUGAUGUCCCAGCAGCCGCAGAUGCCGCCUCAGCAGUACCAAUCUCAACAGCAGCAACAUCCUCAACCCCAAAUGCAGCAGCCUCCUCAACCUCAAAUGCAGCAGCCUCCUCAACCCCAAAUGCAGCAGCCUCCUCAACCUCAAAUGCAGCAGCCUCCUCAUCCCCAAAUGCAACAGCCUCCUCAUCCCCAAAUGCAACAGCAACCUCCUCAACCUCAAAUGCAGCAGCCUCCUGCAUCCCAAAUGCAGCAGCCAUCUCAACCCCAAAUGCAACAGCAGCAGCAACCUCAGAUGAUGCAACCACAACAGAUGCAGAUGCCGUCUCAACAACAACAACUUCCUCCAAUUAUGCAGCAGUCGCAAGUAAUUCCCCAACAACAGUCGACCCAGAUUAUGCCUCCACAACAAAUGAUGCCACAACAACAACAACAGCUCAAUCAGCCUUCGAUAAUGUCGCAGCCCCAAUUGCAAAUGACGUCUCAACCUCAAGUUAUAUCUCAAUUAAAGCAGCAACAGCAGCAGCAACAACCUCAAAUAACACUUCCUCAACAACAACAACAAAUUAUACCCAAACAACAACAGACACCGAUGGCGCCUCAACAGCAACCCCAAAUGACGCAUCAACCGCAAAAUAUGCAGCAACAACAACAUCCUCCAGUGUAUUCUCAGCAACAACAGCCACCUCCUCAAAUAUAUUCUCAAUCUCAACAAUCGUCUGUCAUGGUACCGCAGCAGCAAACACAGCCAGGUAUGGUUAUGAAUCAACCAACUCAGCCCUCAAUGGUUCCCCAAACAACACAAUUACAGCAUACACAGGCCGAGAUAUUACAACAUCAACAACAGCCUCAAAUCGUUCAGCAGCCUCCUCCUUCUCAACAGCAGCAGUCGCAACAGCAAAUGAUUCCGGUACAAAAUCAACAGCAGCAGCAGCAGAUUGUGCAACAACAAUUGGCACAGCAGACCACUCAACAACAGUCACAACAACAACAACAGAUGCAAACGUCAACGUCCCAACAACAAAUAGGGAAAUCAAUAAAGCAGGAACCUUCGCAACACCGUCUCUCGACCGACGUACCUCCCACCAAUCUGAUGGAACUCCAAGAACAAUUAACUAGAGUGACGCAGGAGUGUUCAAUAAAAGAACAACAUCGACUAUCGACGACGUCGUUGCCGCCUAAUUUCGAGCCGCAGGUCGAACAGAAACGGAAUCUGUCGACUGUGUCACAACCUCCCAUGUCAACACAUGACUACGUGCAACAGCCGAUAUUUCAACAACAACCCCUCCCCGAAGGCUUUCAGACUCAAAUUUCACAACAAAGCAUACCAGAAAGCUGCGAAGAUAAUGUCUCCCCUCAACCACAACAAAGACAUCAACCUUCAUCGCCACCCAUUCAAGCCAUAUCGGUGCAGCAACAGACCGUUAGCGAACAACAACCAGAAGUCAUCGAAACGACGAGUAGAAAAAACGGAGACCUGGAAAUCGCUCCCCCUACCCCCACUGCGACUACCGUACCGAAAGUGAUUACUCGUGAAUCGUCGCAAGAAACGACGGUGGAAUCGGAAAAGGGGGUGGACGAGCAGGACGUGUCAUCGUCUACAGAACAAGUAAGUGAAGAUUUAAGCGACAAGACGCACCGUAGUAGACGGUCAUCGUCGAAACAAGGUCGUCCUAGUAAACAGGUGACGGUGGAGAGGGUGGACGCCGACGGUACCGUCGCGUGUCAACUGGUCUGCCGUCAAAAGACGAUCAGUUUCAAAUUUAAUCGUUUCGACACCACGCCCGACGACAUCGUCGAAGGCAUGGUGAAGGAGCGGCUUCUCAGACCUGGCACGCACGCGACCCUCAUGCGUCAGCUCGAGGACGUCGUGAGGCAGCUGAAAGACAAUCCGACAACAGUACCCAAAGUUCAAUAUGUCGAAAAGGUGAGACAUGCUUCUCUCACCCGGCCGUCUCCUCGAAAAUUACAUAGAAGACAUCAUUCACGAGAUGAGACCACUCAACAAGUUUCGUGUAACAAAAUGACAGAGACUGAUCUACAAGGUCUCAAGACAACUCUGUCGCAGAACCUUCCUCAAGGUUUGCGUUACAGGGAAAGUCUUAACAGCAGCGGCACCGUUUCGAGGAAAACGAGUACAGCAAGCGACUACACCCCCGAAAACACUUACAUCGUGGACAGUCGUCCCCAGGCGUCGACAUCCGAACAGACCCGAGUCAGUUAUUCAACCACUUCGGAAACAUGUGUCAGCGCUGCAGAGUCUGUGACACAACAGUCGUUACAGAAAAACGUCAUUACCAAAGAAGAUGUACCACCGAAAGUACUGGACAGCAAAGAUUUGCCUUUAAAGCUGAGCGACAGUACAGUUUACUCUCUAAAUGUGGAUUCCCCCAGGACCGAAAUGAUUUAUGAUAACUCCCGAAAAUUCACGCCUGCUCCGGAGACCUUUUCAGCCGAAUCAGGCGCUUCCACGAUCGUUGAUUUAGACAAUAGAAGCUCGAAGGGCUCGAUAAACCUAAAACCUGGUCAAAAAGUAGAUCUGAAGAUCGUCGUUCUACGUCAGGACUCUCAGUCUGCAGAGACAGUCCCUUCAGACUCACAUAUGCUUGAUUUGAAACCUUCCAUGACCGAACUUAGCACCACCACAACUGCCAAAGGCGAGGCAGAGAAAUACAGCCAAAACUUGGAGGAGGAAAAAGAGAAAUUGAAACCUUUAAAGGCACCACAGAGGAAGAUAUCGCGCUUCCUGGUCAGCCCGGUGCUUUCUGGAAAACUCGACCUGCCGAAAGAUAGGAAUUUUGGAGGUACCACUGCUAGUGAUAGUAGCGAAAGUGGAGUCUCUCAAUCUACGCCAAAUCUCGACAAAGAGGAACCGAGUCAGACACAGGACAUCAAAGAAUCUCAACACCAACAAAGCGCACCGUCUUUAUCUACCCAAACAGAUGACGUUGCGAGCAAGGCUCAGAUAAAAUCAUCAGUUUCGCCCGAUUCCGACAAACAGCAGACCCAUCAAGACUCUUCGAAAAUAUCUGCAAGUGCUUCAAAAGUCGACGAAAUUAAGAACGGUCCAGUAUGCGGCCCAGAGAUGAUAAACACUCUAGAACAACUGAAAAUUAGCCUGCAAAACUUGCAUACAAGUCACAAAAAAGAAUCGGCUGAUAACAGUGAUAAGGUGGUCCAACAACAGCAACAGAACACUGGUAACAACACACCUCAACAGGGUGUAAAAACUGUACCCACACUGGCUCAAAAGUCACAACAACAACUGAAUGCCACCACCUAUUCCGGAAGUUCCUGUAAUACGCCCAGUGUCACCCAGCAGCAGGCGUAUCAACAAGUACCUCCAACUUAUCAACAACCUGUUAUAACAGCGCCAGUUCCUCAACAACAACAGCAGCAGCAGCAACAACAACAACAACAUCAGUACUCAGUUACAUCACAGAUACCAUACCAAAUGCCGCAGUACCAAAAUCAGCAACAACAAAACGUUGAAAUCCCGCCAAUUUCAAGUCAAAAAAGCUCCGCUGAUUCAUUGCAAAAUGUACCCCAAUACCAUACGGCCCCCGGACAAUUCUUGCCGACCUCCACUCAGUAUAUUCAACCCCCUCAACAACAGCAACCUCCACCAUAUAUUCAAAGUUCCGGACAACAGCAGAUUCAAAACGUGAUACAGCAGCAACAGGCGCCUCAACCUUCUCUGAUAACGUCGCAAUCCCCGAACCCAGUACCUCCUCCUCAAUACAUUCAACCCGUUCAAGAACAGGCUCAACCCCCUCCUCCGGCAACAACGCUCAUUCAACCUGUUUCCCAGCAGCAACAACAACAGCAAACUACCGCCUCGCAGUACAUUCAACAUCCUCAAGCCCCCACAAUGACAAUACCUCCUCCGUACAUUCAAUCGACUCCGAAUACCGAACAAAUGAUCGAAGCGCGGGUCCCGCCCACGAACAUCUACCAUCAGCAACCGCCGGUCGUUUCUCUCGAUCAAAGCACCACGACUGCCGGCAUUCAACAGACACCAGCUCCAGUUCUUCAGCAACAACCCGCCGCUGUGAUAUCGUCGCCUCCCAUCACGUACCAACCUCCUCCCACUUACGUUCCUCUACCGUCUUCCACUGCUCCCCAGAUACCAACGUACCCGGUCGUUCCCCCGCCUGCUUUCAUUCAACCUACGACGAUUCCAUCACAACAGUUAAUUCAGACGCCUGUUGUUGCUCCGCCCCCUGCUGUUCCCCUGGCCCAGACGACCAUGGUCCACGAUCAAUCACAGGUGGUGCUGUGCGAUCACAUGCAGUCACACCACUCGCUCCAUAACAUUCCCGCUCAAACGAACAUCUCUGACAAUGGUCAACAGCAACCUUCUUCUAUUUUCUACCACUCGCAGCAAUCUACAUCGAUUUCUUCGGUUCCGAUGACAAUUGCGAGCCAUUCAACUCCUUUAAUGCCCGGAGCAGCCUCAAUGGCGAACGUUUCGCCCGUCUCAACAUUCGUAGAGCCCGGAAAAGCUCCCGAACAGAUCAAGGGGCUCGUGCAGGACGUGAAGAAUGUGGCUGAGAUUUUGUCCACAGCCAACGGCAACCACCAGGUAGUAACAGUGACUCCGAUACAAAACGAAGUCCCUCCUCAUUUGCAGGCUUUACAGCAGAAAUUGUCCUCUAUGGCUUUACACGGUCCCUCGAGUCCUCACACGACUUUAACCGCGUCCUGCGACCUCCUAGCAAAACAGGACACUACUAAAAAUAUUUUAAAGGAAAUAGCAGAAAUAACGACCGCUACCGGUGCAAUGUUGUCUCCAUCUGGGGGCCCAGUGGAGAAUCUUCAGUAUUCCGAUCGUCCCGUUAAGCAGAUGACGGACGUGACUAGUCAGCAACAAAAGGAGGGUCAGCAGAUGUCUCCCAGUGCGUUCCUAGGUCAAUGUUUGAUCGAACAGCCGAAAGCGCAAGAAUCGACAGUGGGCGGCACAUUUGAAUCGUUGAAGAGGGAAAAGGGUAGCGACGUUUCGAACGAAAAUGCUGUCGUUGGCGCCCCCGUUGAGACGAAGAAAGAACGGAAAGUAUCUCGGUUUAAGGUCAGUGUGGUGACGGAACCGGACGUGACCAAACUGACCGUUCCGGCUGAUAAGAAGAAGGUAGAGGAAGAACAGGAGACGAUUGAGAAAACAGUAGUCAAAAAGAUGGAGACUGAGAUCGGUGAUAUUAUUAAUAGUACUUUCGAGAAUUUAGAGAAGAAUAUUGCAACUUAUAGUCAAACCCUUGAAGCUACCGGUAAAAUUCCCACUGCAAAUCCGCAUGCGAUUGACACCAAUCACUCGACGACAAACAUUGGCACCGUUGCCGUCUCCUCUGCCGCCUCCUCUCCCCAUCGUCAUCGACAGCAACGACGAAACGUCAAACUAUUUACUAACACAUUGACCACUAACACGUAUGAUCGCCCUAAGGUCACGGAUAAAAUUCAGAAUUCGGCCGCGGUUUCUUCUAUCUCGCCCGCAUUUUACGAACCAACAAAGAGCGAAGGCGCCACCAACUUCUCUUCUUCCGAGUCAAAAGGGACGAAGUCUUCGGAUCCCAUAAGGAAAGCGAAUUCGUAUCAUGACCUCGUAGAAGCUAUUGAAAGCUUAUUUCCCAAGUGUAAAGGGCUGGUGCGGUCUAAAGAGCGCGAUUCUCCGGACAUCGUGAUCCACCCCCCCAUCGAGGACAAUAUCACGAGUAGCUUGCCCAACAUUCCGUCCUUUUUGCGACAUCAGAUGGCGCUAGAUGACUUGAACUUUAGCUGUCCCGAUCUGACACAGUCGAAGACGAGCGAGCUGACCUCAUCUGACGGGCAGUAUCUGAUCGCGCCACGACCCGACAGCGCCAAUUCGAGCGCCGAAAGUUUCGAAUCGUGCGAGCUCUUUGACCUGGACGACGUGGCGCAUAUAGCACCCCCACAAAAGACUGAAGGUAGCGAUGCAGUAUGUACGUGUAAUAAGGCAUUCACCGCCCCCGUUAUCACUUCGGAACGGAGCGCGUUCAAGUGGCCGAAAAAGCGAAAACUGUCGCACGACUACAAACGGAGCAAUUCGCAGAAGUCGGAGAAGAGCUGGAUCUCGAAACGGAAAGCUAUGAGACAUGAUCAUGAUCAUAAUCAGAAGGAGAAGAAACAACAACAGAAUCAUAACCAACAACCGCCGGUGGCCAGGAAGAACAUGGACGUGUCUCCGACGGAUAUCCUCAAAUAUAAGAUUAAACAGUCGAUAUCCAUGCAAAAUCUGCCCGUGGGGUUAAAAGGGAACGGCAGACGAGCGAGUCGUCACUACGAUGGUAACUACCACACGAUCCACGCCGGGGAGAAUCUGCACAGACGUCUCGAGGAGGAUUUCGGCCACGACAGGACCAUGAUGACCAAAUCCAACAGUUUGGACGUGAUCAACGAGAACAUCUGUUACUUAAACAUGCGGACGUCGUCGAAAAAGACUCGUGACCGUUACUAUGACGACAAUGAUAACGACGACGAUUAUGAUUAUGAUUACGAUUACGACGAGUCUUAUGCUAGUCUCUUGCUUCCCCCCGACCACGAGGACGACGGCCAAGUCUUGGGGGGCGGCAAUAAAACGUCACAACAACAUUCCCCGCGCAGAUCACUAUUAGACGCUUAUUACCACAAUCAACAUCAUAAUCAUAAUCGCACUCCUCCUGCGCCCCUCGUCACGUCUCAUCAUCAUCAUUAUCAUAUUCCGUAUUAUUUCCAUCGUUACACCGCCCCCGUUUUAAGCAGUGACAAUGAUAGUUACUUUCGCGUGGCAACCUCCUCCUCCUCGUUACCAGCAACUAAUACUUAUUACCAAACGAUGUUCGGACAAAAGUUGAUUGCGAAAACGUGCUGCUGCGGCAACCGGGAGGGACUCUGCGCCGCCGCAACGGUGCCAAUUUUCGAUUACUUGGAAACAUAUCACACCAAUACGAAUGAAUCCUACUUAGAAAUGCUUAAUCGACAAAAGGCUGAAGUCAAUGCACUCCUCGAAGCCCACCGCAAACAGCAGCUUGAAUAUUUUGGAUCCCUUUCAGAAAAGGCAAACAUAACAAAAGAAGACAAACAAAACGAUAACAAGUGAGAAAAGGCUGUAUAGUUAUUUGUUUAUAUUGUAUAAUAAUCUAGUUAUUGCUGAAAAAAAUUAUAUAAAUAAAUAUAUCAGUCAG